CUGCGCCUGCGUGGAAAAACUAAUCGCUCUGUCCGCGGCCGGCCCUACUGGGAGUCAAAUUCGCGCAUGCGUGUUGUGCUGAGCGCGUCUCAGCGGGAAGUUGUCACAAUGGAAUGCAGCAGCAGAAUUGAGUGUAUCUUUUUUAGUGAAUUCCACCCCACCCUUGGGCCAAAAAUAACGUAUCAGGUACCAGAAGAUUUCAUUUCACGAGAGCUCUUUGAUACAGUUCAGGUAUAUAUUAUCACCAAGCCUGAACUGCAGAACAAGCUUAUCACAGUUACAGCAAUGGAAAAAAAGCUAAUUGGUUGCCCAGUUUGUAUUGAACACAAGAAAUACAGCCGAAAUGCCUUGCUCUUCAAUCUUGGCUUUGUUUGUGAUGCUAGAGCGAAGACAUGUGCACUGGAACCUAUUGUGAAGAAACUGGCAGGUUAUCUGACUACUCUAGAGCUUGAAAGUGGCUUCAUUUCCAAUGAGGAGAGCAAGCAAAAGUUGAUACCUAUCAUGACUAUCUUACUUGAGGAACUGAAUGCUACUGGGAAAUGCACUCUGCCUAUAGAUGAAUCAAAUACCAUUCACCUGAAAGUGAUUGAGCAGCGCCCAGAUCCCCCCAUUGUGCAAGAGUAUGAUGUUCCUGUCUUCACCCAAGACAAAGAUGACUUCUUCAAUUCCCAGUGGGAUCUCACCACUCAACAGAUUCUACCGUACAUUGAUGGAUUUCGGCAUGUUCAGAAAAUUUCAGCUGAAGCAGACGUGGAGCUCAAUUUGGUUCGCAUUGCCAUCCAGAACCUCUUAUACUAUGGAGUAGUAACACUUGUCUCCAUACUUCAGUAUUCAAAUGUAUACUGUACCACGCCGAAAGUUCAGGAUUUGGUGGAUGAUAAAUGUCUCCAAGAGGAAUGUCUCUCGUAUGUCACAAAACCAGGUCACAAAAGAGCCAGUCUGAGAGACAUUUUCCAACUGUAUUGUGGGCUAAGUCCUGGCACAACUGUUCGAGACCUCAUUUGUCGCUAUACUGUCCAACUCCAGAGAGUGGAUGAAAGGAAGCUCAUUCAGUUUGGUCUGAUGAAAGGCCUUAUUCGUCGACUCCAGAAAUAUCCAGUAAAAAUAACCCGGGAUGAAAGAAGUCAUCCAGCCCGACUCUACACAGGCUGUCAUAGCUAUGAUGAGAUCUGCUGUAAAACUGGAAUGAGCUAUCGAGAGCUGGAUGAACGGUUGGAGAAUGAUCCCAAUAUAAUUGUUUGCUGGAAAUGAGUCUCCCAGGAAAAAGGGAUGAUUAUUUCUCAAGUCAUCUGGAGGAUCAGCUGGACUGCCUGGGACUUUUACAUGGCCUUGGGACCUCUUCUGAGAUCAUUGCAGUGACAAGGCUCUGUCUGUGCGGCAUGAUGCACAUUUUUGAUCCAUAGUUCCAGAAAAGAGUGUUCUAGAUGGACUAGACAUCUUUGGGUUAUUUCAUGGAGAUAAAGCAUAGAUUUCUCUGAAGGGGAGAACACACACAUAUGAAGGAAGACUGAUAGCUGUAAAAUAAAAAUACAGUUUGAGAAGCA